CGAAGUCUUCUCCCUUGUCCUCCCCUCUCACCCGCCCAUUCGUUACCUAUAUUUCCCACCUUCUCAGUCCCCCGCUUUUCUUUUUGAGAAGCCAUCAUCCUGUGAUGUGUGGUCACUCCGCCUCUUCACAGAUGAUGCUCGCGUCCUGUCAAUUUCUUUUCUGAGAGGAAGAGUUGAGGAAGGGGGAAAAGAAAACAAGAGGGUCUGCGGGGGUAGCGCAGUUAAAACAUCCAUGGGUGGUUGUGUGGGCAGUCACCAUGAUUCUUCAGGCAGUUUAAACGAAAAUUCGGACGGAACUGGAGUGGCUCUGGGGCGUAACCAGGCCUUGAAGAGAGAGAAGCCCAAAUGGAAGAGUGACUAUCCAAUGACGGACGGCCAGCUGCGCAGUAAGCGGGAUGAGUUCUGGGACACUGCGCCCGCCUUCGAGGGCCGCAAGGAGAUCUGGGAUGCGCUCAGGGCCGCCGCCCAGGCCUUCGAGAGCAACGACCAUGAACUGGCCCAGGCCAUCAUCGACGGGGCCAGCAUAACAUUGCCACACGGCGCACUGACGGAGUGUUAUGACGAGCUGGGGAACCGCUACCAGCUGCCAGUCUACUGCCUGUCUCCACCCGUCAACAUUAUCGAGGAGAAGAGUGACCUGGAGAGUCUGGAGGUCAGCGAGCCGCCCCCCAGCGAGGGCCAUGAGUGCCAGCUGCGCCUGCGCCUGUCCACGGGCCGGGACCUGCGCCUGGCGGUGAGGACCACGGACACGGUGCAGCACAUGAAGCGGCGGCUGCAGGCGGUGGAGGGCGUGGCGGCGGCCACCCAACGCUGGUUCUUCUCGGGCCGGCCGCUCACAGACAAGAUGAAGCUGGAGGAGCUGAAGAUCUCCAGGGACUACGUGGUGCAGGUGAUCGUCAGCCAGCCGCCCGCCCCCCUGCCCACCCAGGCACCGCCCGCCCCCACACCAGCCACGCCCGUCAUGCUACCCCAGGACCCAACGCCCGUGGAAAACUAGUGCCUGGCACCCGGACAGGGCACGCAUGCAGGAAGGGAGAGGACCACAAUGGGAGGACCAGCUUGUCUAAGAGAGCGAAAGAGAGAAGGGUGGAAGUGUGUGUUUGUGUUGAGAUGGUUUGUGGGUAAGGGGUGUGUGUGUGUGUGUGUGUGUGUGAAGGAGCUAAGGAGGUAGAGGGUUAAACACGUGUCUUUAAAGGGGCUGGAACAGGACUAGAGAACCAAGGUGAGCUGAGCCGAGCUGUGUGGUCAUUGAAAGGGUUUGUUUACAGUUGUGAGGGUUUGUUAAGCUGUAUUCCCUCCCUGUCUCUUCUUCUCCCUCCUCGACGGGAUGGGGAGGUUAUUCUGCAAGGCAUGCUGGGAUAGCAGCUGGGGUGUGUCUGUGUCUCAGCAGGAGCAGGAAGACUCCGCCUCCUCGACUGAAGACAACUAACCAGGAGCAGGAAGAGACUCCACCACAAGACAGGACCACCUGCCAACCUGGCUUUUAACAAAUCAACCUUUUUCAAAAACUAUUUUCAAAAACUUGUCUUGCUUUUAGUGGAAACUGAACAACCAAAAAAAUGCAGAUCUGGGGAAACUAUAAGGAACGGGGAAGAAUAGACAGUAACAACUUUUUCAUUUUGCAUUGUUUCUACUAUUGUUUUGAUUUCACUGCUGUUGCAUUUUAGUCCUUGUCUUUGUCAAGGAUGAUUCUGUAUUGAUUUGGAGGACUGUGUCGAUGUUCCAGAACCUCCUACCUGCCUGCCUGCUCUCCAUCUCCUCUGUAGCUUCAAGUCAGUCAGCGGUCAGUCCUUCUAUUGCUUUGUUUGUUAUGCACCUUACCUGUAGCAGUUUUGACCUGUAGCUUCUUUCUGCAGACAUUACAUGUAGCUCCGCCAGUCAACUCUUCUUAAGUAGAUGAAUCACAUGUUGUGGACUAUAACUUUUAGUUCCGAUCUUGGUUUGUGAAGUUAGGCCGUCACUGCGGCAGAUUAGUUCCCUUCUCAUUCUCCAGUAAACAUCCCAUCAUGUAAACUUGACACUCUCACUCUCCGUUUGACUGUAUGCACCAGUAGGUUUCCAGUUAUAACCUGUGUAGAACUUAAAAAGGACAAUGUUGUACAAACUGAAUGUGCUGGGAUGAGGUGUCAUCGCAAACUUUUGAAUGGCACUGUGUUUAGAAAUUCUGCUUCACUAUACUUUAAGAUACUUAUCAGAGCAGUGUGUAAUCAAUUUGUGUGCGUGUGUGUGAUAGAGAAAUAGAGAGUAAAUGCAUGUUUGAGAGGUUGUCGAGAGAAAGUGUUGGAUGUACAGCUAUGUUCAUGUGUACAAUAUCUUCUGGUGAUGAGGCAGACCUCAGAACAUACUAAGAAGAGGUUACAACUUUAGCAGGUCUCUAGGGGUUGUACUGUGGAGUGUGGACAUAAAUCACACCAGAGGUCUUGUCCUCCUCCUGUAGUUCAUUAUUCUGCUUCUCUCUUUGUGUGUGUUAAUGCACAUCAAGACUUAUUCAUGAAAAAUGAAAUUCAGAAACCCAGUUGCAUAUUUUGAAAUAGAAUGUUUUUAAUUAAAUGGACCAAAAUUUGUACUCCA